AUGGCUCCUCCUUCGGAAGACACAUUGACAAAGGUUUCUACAGAUGCGGCAACCGACUUUGUCCAGUCCUUCUACCCUGCCCUCGAGAACAACCGUUCCACGAUAGCCUCGUUCUAUAGCCAGCCCACGGCCAUGAUCCUUUUCAACGGAAACGCUGUCGCCGAUGGCGCCGCUGUCCAAGAGAUUUUUGUCAAUCAAAUGUCCCCGACGCAUUAUGAAGUGCAGUCUGUCGAUUGCCAGAUUAUCAACAAGGCGUAUCCGACACCUACAUCCACUGGAGUGAAGCUCCCCACUGAAACGACUGUCAAGGACAUGUCUAUCUUGGUGGUCGUUAGCGGCUAUGUGCGCUUUGGAGAGUCCAGAGAUCUACCGCAACGAGGCUUCAGCGAGACCUUCGUGCUGGUGCCGAAUCCAUCCGCCGACGGGCCCAAAGGAAAGCGCAAGCGAGAAUGGCUUAUCCAAACCCAGAACUUCCGACUCGUCGUAUGA